UGGCUUUAAUUGUCGCCGCGGCUACCGAGGACAAUGUUCGUCUACGAUAUCGUCUGCCCCUGUUGCGAAAAUUUUCGUGCGGCUUUUGAAUACCGGGCUGAAAACGCGUGUGUGCAAAAACGAUGGAAAGGAAGGGUUGUGGGGGCAGCUACUAUCGAAACAGCCUGAUCGUGAUUGUGAGUAUUCCUCGAGGAAGGGGGUUCUUCCUUCCUCCGUUGGGAAAGAAAAAGAGAGUUGGAACGAGCUGACUAGAAACAGACAGCAAGAGAGUGAGAAAGAAAGGGAGGAGGGAGAGAAUGACAGGAGGCACUCGUUCACUACGGUCAGUGCUUUCUGAACUGUUGUCAGUGACAGUUCCUCGAUCAUGUGGCGGUGGAUCCUCGAUCACUGAUUCUCCUAUCGAUUACGUUUUUCCUUUUUCUAUCAUUCGUUUCCGUUCACGGACUGAGUUUCGCCGCAUUUCACACACGCUCUUCUCGUGUAUAGUUUCGUUCGACCGCGCCUUGUCUUGUUUUUACUCAUCCCCUUCUUCGUGUCUCGUCGAUAUUGGUGCUACUUUCCACGUUCGGAGCGUCACGCGUGGCUGGAAAAACUGGACGAAUCAUGGUGUCGACUAGCAGAACGACCUGUUGUUGGCUGCUGCUCGUCUGCUUGAUCGUACUUCUCGCAACUCUCGACAAUGCAGAAGGUACAAGAAAAAGAUUUCGCAGACCGGCAACCGCCGCCCCAUCGAUCUCGAGCGAUCAGGAAGUCUCAGCAAGCGUGAACAGAUUCAAGGUCACGCGAAAUCGUAUCAAUAAUAAGAACAAGAAGAAUGAAAUUCAGACUGGUAAACCGGAGGACUACAAGCUUGUAUGUUACUAUACAAACUGGUCUCAAUACCGGACGAAAAUUGGGAAAUUUUUACCCGAAGACAUACAACCGGACUUGUGUACGCACAUCAUAUUCGCCUUCGGUUGGUUGAAGAAGAACAAGCUGACCAGCUUCGAGUCGAACGACGAAACGAAAGAUGGAAAAACUGGACUAUACGAACGAAUCGUGAAUUUAAAGAAGGCUAGUCCCUCUUUGAAAAUUUUACUUGCGAUUGGUGGAUGGUCGUUCGGCACUCAGAAAUUCAAAGACAUGUCCUCGACGAGGUACGCAAGGCAAACCUUCAUAUACAGUGCCAUUUCGUAUCUGCGUGAUCGAAAUUUCGAUGGCCUCGACAUCGACUGGGAAUAUCCGAAAGGAGGAGACGACAAGAAGAACUACGUUCUUCUGUUGAAAGAGCUUCGGGAAGCGUUCGAAGCUGAAGCUCAGGAGAAGAAAAUGCCGAGACUUCUUUUAACAGCUGCUGUACCGGUUGGUCCUGACAAUGUGAAAAGUGGAUACGAUGUACCAGCAGUUGCUAGCUACCUAGACUUCAUCAACCUGAUGGCAUACGAUUUCCACGGGAAAUGGGAGCGAGAGACGGGUCACAACGCACCUUUGUACGCUUCUUCGUUAGAUUCCGAAUGGCAGAAACAGCUUAGUGUGGAUAACGCGGCCUCCAUGUGGGUCCGUUUGGGUGCCCCUAAAGAGAAACUGAUCAUCGGCAUGCCGACCUAUGGCCGAUCUUUCACUCUCUCGAACGUCUCCAAUUUCCGUGUUCAUGCACCUGCCAGUGGCGGUGGCAAGGCUGGCGAAUACACCAAGGAAUCCGGCUUUCUUGCCUAUUACGAGAUCUGCGAGAUGUUACAAAACGGUGCAGCUUAUAUCUGGGACGACGAGAUGAAAGUACCAUACUUGGUGCAGAACGAGCAGUGGGUGGGUUUCGACGACGAGAAAUCUAUUCGAGGCAAAAUGGACUGGCUGAAGAGCAAAGGUUACGGCGGUGCCAUGGUGUGGACGGUUGAUAUGGAUGACUUCAACGGCACAGUUUGCGGUGGAAAUGUCAAGUACCCCUUAAUCGGAGCGAUGAGGGAGGAAUUGCUCGGAAUAUCAAGAGGUCCAAGUGCCAAGGACGUCGAUUGGAGCGCCGUGGCCAGCACUAUAUCUGAAAGCAUCUUGAAAAAGCCAGAACCUUACAAGAUAUUGGUCUCGGAUGUUAUCAACAAGGCGAAGAAACUUCAAAAAUCGACAACGCAACUCGUCGUUAAUCCUCCUACCAAUGAAAGGGCAGCCCAAUCAAUGUGCUACCUAACAAAUUGGUCGCACAGAAGACCUGGAGCUGGAAAAUUUGUACCGGAAGAUAUCGAUCCAACUCUCUGCACGCAUAUAGUCUAUUCGUUCGCAACCUUGAAAAAUUACUUGCUUGCAGAAGAAAGCGAGAAGGACACGGAGAUGUACGAAAGAUUGAUCGCUCUGCGAAAUAAGAAUCCUGACAUUAAGAUAUUAUUGGCGAUCGGUGGUUGGGCUUUCGGGUCAACCCCGUUCAAAGAACUGACCAGUAAUACUUUCCGUAUGAAUCAAUUCGUUUAUGAAGCCAUCGAAUUUCUCAGAGAAUACAAAUUUGAUGGCCUAGACGUUGAUUGGGAAUAUCCACGGGGUAGUGACGACCGAGCAGCCUAUGUGAAUCUUUUGAAGGAACUUCGACUGGCAUUCGAGGGUGAAGCAAAUAGUUCUGGACAACCAAAAUUAAUCUUAUCAGCCGCGGUACCAGCUAGUUUUGAGGCUAUUGCCGCAGGCUACGAUGUACCAGAAAUAUCUAAGUAUCUGGACUUCAUUAACGUGAUGACGUACGAUUUUCACGGCCAGUGGGAGAGACAAGUCGGUCACAAUAGUCCUUUGUAUCCUUUGGAAAGUGCUACCAGUUACCAGAAAAAGUUGACAGUGGAUUACAGUGCAAGGGAAUGGGUGAAACAAGGUGCUCCAAAGGAGAAAUUAAUGAUCGGUAUGCCAACUUAUGGCAGAUCCUUCACAUUAGUGGACAAAGAGAAAUUCGACAUCGGAGCACCAGCCUCAGGAGGUGGAAUAGCUGGCAAUUUCACCAACGAAGCCGGAUUCCUCUCGUCUUACGAGAUUUGUACCUUCCUCAGUGAAGAGAACACUACGCUAGUAUGGGAUAGUGAGCAACAAGUUCCUUUCGCGUACAGAGAAGAUCAGUGGGUUGGAUUCGAUGACGAAAGAAGCCUUAUAAAUAAGAUGCAAUGGCUCAAAGAAGAAGGCUUUGGAGGUAUAAUGAUCUGGUCGGUGGAUAUGGAUGACUUCAGAGGAAGUUGCGGAGCUGGCAAGUAUCCAUUAAUCAAAGCUAUGAUGAAAGAGCUGCGAGACUAUAAAGUGAAAUUGGAAUACGAUGGGCCUUACGAAUCUCAUUUGAGGAAUGGGAGGUACACCACCAAAGAUCCGAAUGAGGUAAGCUGUGAUGAAGAAGACAACCACAUAUCUUAUCAUCCUGACAAGAACGACUGCACUAUGUACUAUAUGUGUGAGGGCGAAAGGAAGCAUCACAUGCCCUGCCCGGUAAAUCUGGUAUUUAAUCCCAAUGAAAAUGUUUGCGAUUGGCCUGAAAACGUUGACGGAUGCGUACAACACACGCAGGCACCACCAGUGUAAAAAAAAAGAGAAAAAAAAAUAAUGGGAAGAAACAAAGAUAAUAUCUAUUUAAGGAUAUUUUUCUGCGGCUCGCGAUUAUACUGUAAAACGCGAAGAACAUUCACACGACGUUAAUUAGUAUAGUAACGUUAAUUAAAAAAAAAAAGAUCGUAAUUCGUCGAAAAAAAAG